UUAUUGUAAAGAAAUCAAUAUGUUUAUUUAUAAACACAUUCAUAAAACAUUAAAUUUAUUAUUAGGACGUAUACUAUAAAUAAGUGGGUUAUAGCGCCCACAUGUAGAACUAAUAAAAUUGUCAUAAAAUGUAGUUUUAUCGAAUUAUGCUGUUGAAAAUAAUAUUCUGCGAUGGAAAGUGGAGCCCGGAAAUCUAUACACUUACCGGAUCAGUUAAAGGAAUGCCAAGCAUUGAAGUUCUACUGAAUCCCACGGGCACUGAACACAUCUACCAAAGUUCGAUGGACUUACAUCGUUAUUUUUCACCUGCUUUCUUUUACACACCUGUAUAAGUGAUUUCGAAAUACUUAAAAUAUCUUUGGAAUUUCCGUUAUGCAACAUCAUGUACUAUCCCCAAGAUUCUUUCAGGCCAGACCCUUUGAUCCAUCCUGUGCUCCUCAGGAACAACCGGAUUAACAAAGCCCACCUGCCUUUCAAAGAAAAAUGUAUUACUAUUCUUACUACCCUGCCCACCUUUUCAAUAAGGCAAUGCUCACUUCGAAUUAUGCAUUAACGGUAUUUGGAGUUAUAGCAAGGAAUGUUACAAACAGCAAAUUUUCCUCUUCUGGCAGACCUUUUCAGGGCGUCAGGAUCCACAUUGUGGAUGAUUUCGGGAAGAAUCUGACGUACAAUCAAGUUGGAGUAUACGUACACACUGGCCGACCCUGGAAUAGAUAUUACGGAAACCCCGAGGAGAGCAGUCGCUUCCAGGACUCGGAGGGCUGGUUCCACACCGGUCAUCUGGGCUACUUUGAUAGCGAUAACUUUUUGUACAUCGUGGAUCGUAAAAAGCAAGUUCUUAAGUACCAAGGUCUUCAGUACUACAUUCCUGAGAUCGAGGACGUUAUUUCGGAGCUGCCUCAAGUGCAAAACGUGUGUGUUGUGGGCAUUUACAAUGAACGGGUGGGCGAUGAAGCUGGAGCUUUGGUCGUGAUAAGCAAAGGAUCCGUCGUAACUGCUCAGGAGAUUGUGCAUCACGUGGCUAAUCGGUUGCCGGCAAACCAGAAGCAACUCCAUGCCGGAGUCCGAUUCACCGAAAAGUUGCCGGCAAAUGCAAACGAAAAGACUUUGCGUAAGGCAGCGCGGGAUAAUUCAUAAAACCCAACAAAAAAGAUUCCACGGAGUCGCUUUCGACAUUUAAAAAUGGUUUUUAUUGUGGAAUAUAAAUAAUGUUAUGCUGUUU